CUCACUGCCAUUGCUCCCCUAACUUUUAAUGAACCACCAGAUAUUAAAUCUGUUUCUCUUUCUCCCUCUUUAAAGAAGUUGAAGAAUUGAGCGCAAAAGAUGGAAUCUUUGGCUCCAUUUCUCCAACUUGGCCCAUCCAACUCCACCGCCGCCGCCCUCACCGCCGCCGCUGGGGGCACUCCUUUGAUCGAACCUAAACUCGAGCCGCUUGAUGAAUACACCCAAGCCGACCUUCAAACCCCACCGAUCUUUGCGAACCCUAGCCCUUCCGCCUCCAAUGUCAAAUCAAGUACCAAUUCUGCUUUCAGUCUUCGUAGCCCGCAGGAACCCAAUGCCAGUGACAUCUUGCCGUCCUCAAAUGAGACGAAUGUGUAUUCAGAAUUCAGUCGAAUCUCUGAGAUGUUUCAUGAUGCUUUUGCUAAGAGAAUGCAUGGACACGGGGAUGUGGAUGCUUUGGAGGAACCAGAUUCUAGAGCUAUUGUGCCCGUAAAUAACGAUGAGCAGACCUCAGGUUUGGUGAUUUCGAAGAAGAAGUAUCAGCAGAGGUCGUCUGAGCUGGUAAGAGUUACAGAUCUUAAACCUGAGGACCAAAGAUAUUUCCGGGAUGUGGUUCGGAGGACCCGGAUGCUUUUUGAUUCGAUACGUGUUCUUGCCAUACUGGACGAUGAGAGGAAACAUCAAAUGGACCCUCCGAAAUCCAUAGGAGAUAUCUAUGCUUCACAGCUGGCUACAGAGAAGGGCGAUACCUACCAGCAAUACUUACGUCACAGGAAACCAAGAGGAGACCUGAAGGCUUCACAGUUGAUGAGAGAGAAAGGGCUCUGGUUGAACCGUGAUAAGAGAAUUGUGGGAGACAUACCAGGAGUGCUCAUUGGUGACCUGUUCUUUUUCCGGAUGGAGUUGUGCGUGGUUGGGUUGCACGGGCAACCUCAAGCUGGAAUUGACUAUGUCCCUGCCAGUCAGAGCUCGAAUAGGGAGCCAAUUGCCACUAGCAUCAUAGUUUCUGGGGGGUACGAGGACGAUGAGGAUGCAGGGGAUGUUCUUGUCUAUACAGGGCAUGGUGGGCAGGACAAGUUUUCACGGCAGUGUACAAAUCAGAAGCUUGAAGGUGGAAAUUUGGCAUUGGAGAGAAGCAUGCACUAUGGCAUUGAGGUUAGGGUGAUUCGUGGGUUUAGAUAUGCGGGUAGUGCUAGCGGAAAAGUCUAUGUUUAUGAUGGUUUAUAUAGGAUUAUUGAUUAUUGGCCAGCUGUGGGCAAGUCUGGAUUUCUUGUGUUAAAGUUUAAACUUGCUAGGAUUGAGAAUCAACCAGAACUGGGAAGUUCUGUUCUGAGGUUCGCGCAUGCUCUCAGGACACAGCCACUGGUGGUGAGGCCAACAGGGUAUCUAAGCCUUGAUUUAUCAAGGAAAAAAGAGAACACACCUGUUUUCUUGUAUAAUGACAUUGAUGCUGAUCAAGAGCCUGCAUAUUAUGACUAUCUGCCCAAAUCUAUUUUCCCUCAACAUGUGUACUUCAUGGGAAAUGGUACAGGCUGUGAAUGUGUUAAUGGAUGUGUUGACAAUUGCUUUUGUAUGAUUAGAAAUGGUGGCGAGUUUGCAUAUGAUCAAAAUGGUUUAUUGUUGAGGGGGAAACCUGUGGUUUUUGAAUGUGGCCCGCAUUGUCACUGCCCUCCAACUUGCAGGAAUCGAGUCUGUCAAAGUGGUAUGAAAAAGAGGUUUGAAGUGUUUCGAUCAAGGGAGACCGGUUGGGGAGUUAGAUCAUUGGAUCUUAUUCAAUCUGGCUCAUUUAUUUGUGAAUAUGCUGGUGUUGUCUUAACCAUGGAGCAAGCCCAAAUUUUCAAAAUGAAUGGUGAUAGUUUAAUAUAUCCAAUUCGUUUUGUGGAGAGAUGGGCUGAAUGGGGAGAUUUAUCACAAAUAUAUGAUGACUAUGUGCGCCCAAGUCGUCCUUCAAUCCCUCCCUUGGAUUAUGCAAUGGACGUAUCCCAAAUGAGAAAUGUAGCCUGUUACAUGAGCCAUAGUUCAAGUCCAAAUGUUCUUGUCCAGCUGGUACUUUAUGAUCAUAAUAAUGUCUGCUUCCCUCGCCUUAUGUUGUUUGCAAUGGAGAACAUCCCUCCAUUACGAGAGCUUAGUAUUGACUAUGGUGUUGCUGAUGAGUGGACAGGGAAGCUUGCUAUAUGUAACUGACUUAUUUGAAUGAGUUCAUGCUGUUUUGAAUAUGAUGCAUAGCAGCUGUAUUGUCUCAUUAUGUAUGCAGAUGAGGCUUGGACGUAACAGUUGCAAUUUUGCGACUACAUACAUUGUCUUGCACUGUACACUAUGUGACACAACUUUUGUUCCCGGCAUCAUCAUCUAGUAUGAAUUUUGACUGUGCAGGCUAUAAGAAGCAUAUAUGUCCGUUAUGUUUAGUGCCAUUAGCAGAAAAAAUUAGAUCAAGGGUA